UAUAGUUAAUUACUUGUGUAAGCCGCUAAUGAAGGCGUGCAUGAAAAAACACUAAUGUGAAUACACAUAUUAAGCAUAAAUAUGUAAGCUUAAGAGGCAAAAUGGGAAACACUGUCAACAUUCGUCGACGGCAAAAUGUUCAAGCUGAACAAACACUUGCUACAGUAAAAGCAGCGGGUGUUUUUAAAGCAAGAACGAAAGAAGCACAAGCAAAAAGGACAAAUGCAUCGCAACAAAUAGAAGAGGUAGUUAAAUUGAAAUUUCGCAGGAAAUCUAAUGUGUUUGGGUAUAAACCCAUUGGACGACUUGCUGCGGUCGAUGGAUCGCCACAAAUAAACGCCACAAGUUCCCAGAAGGAUAUUCUAAAGUUUGUACGCAGGGUCAACGUCAGCGAUAAGCUAGCUAUUAAGGACACGAGAGUUGCAUGGAAUGCGUUGAGAGACUUAGCCAGCCGUGAAAGAGUUCCCGCUAUCCAAGAUACAGGCCGAGGGCGUUUCAAAUUGAUAACUGAUGUCGUUAAGUUCACUCAAAGAACUUCCAUGUCAGUCAAAAAAAACAAGGUGGCCAGGGAAUUUUUCUACAACGACGCGCUAAUUACAGAACGGGAAACGCUUUGCCAUUUAUGCCACUCUUCCUCCAUUGAAGAAGGUCCUCUCAAUCCUUGCCGUAUCUGUCCAAGGGUUUAUCACACUGAUUGUCUAGCUAAGCAAGGGCAUCUUUCAGGAGAUAGGGCAGUUGAAACUCUAGCGCUUUCAAAUUCAAAAAUCGGCUGGAGUUGCUGUAAUUGCGAAAAUUUAUUCGAUCUUUUAUCUGACAACGAAAAGAUUGAUAUAAUGGAGACCUUUGAUCUAAUGGACACCAAUCAAGAUUCCUUUAUUAACAAAGAGGAGUAUCUCUCAUACAAAAAGGAGUAUUACAGGAAGUUACUUGGCAGCGAAAUGCCCAGUUAUCUAGUGUUAAUGGAGGAGCGGACAUUUGAAGACAUGGAUAGGAACAACAAUGAUCUUAUUGACUGGUGGGAGUUUGCGAUUCCUAUGUGCGUCAGGAAGUUAAGUGAACGGAGAAAGAGAACACUCCCUGCUUUGCUUACAAAACAGGAAAUUCACAAACUCAGAAGAUUUUUCAAAGAAUACGAUAUAGAAGGAGACGGGGAAAUUAGGGAAGAUUUAUCUCGGGUGGUCUUUAAGAACUGGUACCUCUCUUUGAUAAACCUACGAGAAGAGGAUAUCCCGAUCUGGGAUUGGCUUGGGAAUGAGUUUGUCAAAAUAGACGAUAAAAAGGAGUAUUCGCUGCGUCAGAAGUUAACCACAGUGAAGUGGAAAGACUUCGUGUUAAAUCACGCGUUGUACAUCCUUGCUGCGCGACCAAAUACAGGAUCCAUGAGGCCUUAUGUUCCACAUUUCAACAGUUUACAUUCGGAGUUCGAGGAAGAUGAUGAUGAUAUUGAAUAUUAUUAGCACAAAAUGCCCUUCAUUUAGAAGAAAGAUAAGUCCUGUCUUAAAUAUUUUCAUUCUUUGUUCUUAUGGCGUGUCUUGGCAAUAUUACGCAUACGUGAAAAUCAUGUCUUCAUCAGAGGACAUUAAGUAAUAUAUGAUAUGACGUACUAUUCGGUAUGUUUUGUAAAGUAAAAGUUAGAUUAAGUUGGUGUGUUUUGAAGUAGAAGAUUUACUCUAUAGAAAACAGUUUUUUUUUUCUCGUUUAAUAACUUCUGCAGGAGUCCCUGCUUCUGAAAUUAGGGGGCGCAUUAUCUGCUAGAAACCCUCUCUUCAUUGUUCUCUUAUCAUAAUUUGUUCAGAAUCUUCAAUUUUAUUGUGAAGUCCAGUUUUCUCCCCGAAAGUUGUUGUAGUUCAGUUGUGAGUUGGGACUAAGAAUAUUCCUAUGUACCUUGUCUCCGUUCAUAUAUUCUCAUCUUCAUCCUCUUUCCCAGGGCUUUUGCCAUUUUUUUCGAGAGUAAAGCCCCGUGGGCGAGGUUGUUCACAUCUUCUACUUAGGUCAGUUCGAAUGGCUAUUAGAGAAAGCAUAAAUAGCGGUCACAAAAAUGUAACGAUGCCACGCAAGAAUCAAGGAAUUAAAAUAAUUUAUUCCAAAACGAUAAUACUAACAAGAAACAACGUGACGUAGAGGUUUUUUUUUUGUCUCUUUUGACUCAACUUUGUCUAGUAAAAUGUCAUUUUGUGAAAUAAAUGGCCGAGACUUGUGAAAAUGUCUUAGAGUAUAGUCAAGAAACAUUUAAAAUUUA